CUGAGAAGUUGGCAACAUUGCACGAGCGGUACUCUGCCACAAGGCGCAGCCAUCGUCGGAGUUAGCGCAGCGUUUCUUCCUCGGACCGUCUCACUAUCUCAUCUAAACCAUGGAUAGAGGCUACGGCUCAGGUUACUCCAGCUGGGGAGGUGGAGGAUCGGGCAGCAGAGGUUCUGGUGGCUUUGACAUGUAUGGGGGAGGUUAUAAGGACUCCAUGUCUGGGCUCGGGGGCUAUGGAGGAGGGCACAUGAAGAGAGGUCUCUCAGGAGCAUCCCCACUUUCGUCCUCAGGCACUCACGCCGAUGCUGUCAUUGCAAAGAUCAACCAGCGCCUGGACAUGCUCACUCAGUUGGAGGGGGGGUUGAAGGGGUCUCGAGGUGACAGGUAUGACCAGUACGAGUCAUUCGACUCGCGCUCCUCACCCUCCUCCUUCCGAGAUCUCUACAGAUCUGGCGGCGGUAGCUAUGGUUAUGGCGAUGGCCGUGGGGACAGCAUGCUGUUGGGACAGCGAGGAGGCUCAGGCUUCGGAGGGGGAAUGGGUCUAGGAGGAGGAGGAGGCUUUGACAGCCCCUCUUCUUCCUAUGGAGUCGCUAAAAUGCGACAGAAUAUGCGAGACUCCUUCAGCAGUGUUCAGGGAGGAGGUUCUGGAGGAUGGGCCGGAGCGGGCCGACGUUCCCCCAGAAGGGGUGGAAGUGCCGGGGGUCGAGGAGCUGGAGGAGGGUUUGGAAGCCGCAGGUCUGACCCCACUCCAAUGGGAGGCGGGCGGGGCGGUGGUAGUGGUGGCCACCGGGGCCACUCUCCUGGAGGUGGUAGAGGAAAGCUCCCAUCCCUCCUGUCCAACCGCAUGUACCCUGAGAGUGGGGGCUUCCAGGGUUCCAUUCAAGGCCCUCACGACUUUCCUGGGAGGCAUUUCGGAGGGGGCCCACGGGCUGGCCGCCAGCGAGGCCGCAAGAGACCCCUCAACAAACAGGUGAAACCGCAAAGGGAUUUGCAGAAGAAGAGAAAGCAGACACCGACUUCAGGCGAUGAGCCAGAGUCAAAGAUGAAUAAGACAGAGAAUUCGGAGUCAGAUGCUCCCAAAGAACAAACAGAAAGAAACGGUGAUGAUAGUGAACCCAAGACUGGGGAUGGGGAACCUGCUGCAGAUGGGGAUAAAGCUUCAGCCAAACCAGAAGAAAAGAAAAGUCCACAGGGCAAACAGACCUCAACCCCGGGUCAGGACAAACCCCCAAAAUUGAGAAAGAGGAGGGGCUUCCUGGAAAGGGUGAUGUUUGCAUGCUCUGUAUGCAGGUUCCGUUCAUUCUACAAGGAGGAGAUGGAAACUCAUCUGGAGAGUCGUUUCCAUAAGGACAGCUUUAAGUUCCUGUCCAACCAGCUUACUAAGCCCACUACAGACUUCCUACAGGAGUAUUUGCUAAAUAAGUUCAAGAAAACAGAGCAGAGGGUGAGUCAGCUGGAAAACCAGAGCGCUGCCAUCUGCCAGGUGUACAGAGAGCAAGACCUCACCAGAGAGCUUGGCAUGGAGCACUUCAUGAGGAAAGUGGAAGCUGCCCACUGUGCAGCUUGUGACCUUUUCAUUCCCAUGCAGCCUCACCUGAUCCAGAAACACAUCAAAUCUCCUGACCACAACUACAACAGGAAGGGUAUGAUGGAGCAGUCCAAGAGGGCCAGUCUGUCUGUUGCUCGCAGCAUCCUCAACCACAAACUCAUUGGCAAGAAGCUGGAGAGCUACCUUAAGGGUGAAAAUCCAUUCAUUGGCAACCAAGACGAGCAGGACCCAGAGGACUCCAUGGUGAUGGACGUCUCUGAGAUCGAUUUAACCAAUGAGGCAGCAGACGGCCAGACAGACAAGACUGCAGCUAAAGAGGACGAGGCAGCUGAUGGAGAGACAAACCAGGAGGAGGCUGAGGGUGAAGCAGCAGAAGAGGCAGCAGGGGAAGAGGAAAAGAUGGAGCAGGAGCCGGUCAUGGAGGGGGAGGAGCAGCCGGAGAACCAGGAAGAGGAGGGUUUUGAAGUUGGAGAAGAGGAGGAGGAGGGCUUUGUGGUUCAUGAUGAGGUUGGGGAGGAGGGAUUACCUGCCGGGGAGGAAGAGGAGGGAGAUGAGGGAGUAGAGGCAGCAGAGGGGGAGGAGGAGGAGGAGGAAGAGGAGGAGGAGGGGGAAUGAAUGACUUUUGCAGCCUAGACCAGUUGAUGAACCCAACCCAGUCCCUUUGAACCCUGUGUCAUUACCAGGAGCAUAUUAAAAAAAAGAUCUACCUGUUCCUUUCCUGUUCCAUUGUCUGCUGAUGCUGAGCUUCUUUGAUUUUUUUUUAUUUUAAGAAUACUUGUUCUUUUGGGAAACAGUCUUAUUCUUUUAAUUUUUUUAGAGUUUGAUGAAACUAUGAACUGUCUGAUGUGUUUCUACCUGCUCUCUCAGGCAGUGUUGGUAGAAACAUGACUUGAGGGUUUUUCUCUUAAAAGUCAGUAAGGAGGCAGAAAAGUUAAACUCUCAAACUUUUUUCUUAAGUUUUUUUUCUUGUGCCUUUUGUUUUAAAAAGUAUGUUUAGUUUUUCUUAUUUAGGAUUGCUUGAAACAUCAUAAGCAUUGUUAAGUGGAGAGAUAUUUGUGAUGAGUUUAAUGCCAUAGCAGUCUGUCAAUAACUGGUGGCUAGUGUAUGAAUUUCCAGUAUUUUGUAAAAGUCUAAACCUGGAUGCAGUUUUUCUGUCCAAAAGCAGAAGGGAUGAGAUGAUUGAAGGCACUGCGAGUAUGGAACAAGCAUGAUUCAUAUCUAACAUGUAAAAUCUGGUUUCACUCUGAGUAGGAAAUGAGCUUGUUUAAUAAGUUACUGCUCCACUGUUUCCAAAUAAAAAUUAAAUAAUU